AAAAUCAAACUACUAUUUAAAUACAAGAUACAAAUCAAUAUAUACACCCUUAAAUAUACAUUAAAGGGGUUUCGACCAAUGUGUAAAUAUAUUGAAAGAAGAAACAUCUCAUCUUAUAAAUCUAUAUAUAUAUAUAUAUAUACAUAUAUAAACCGGAUCUCGAUCGAAUCAUAGUUAGCCAUGAGCGAGGACAUGGAUAGCAACUUCCUCCCGGUGGCCAACAUAGGUCGAAUCAUGAAGCAAAUCCUCCCCCCGAGCGCAAAGAUCUCAAAAGAAGCCAAAGAGACGAUACAAGAGUGCGCAUCGGAGUUCAUAUCCUUUGUGACGGGUGAAGCAUCCGCUCGGUGCCUCAAGGAGAAUCGAAAGACGGUCAAUGGGGACGACGUUUGCUGGGCUUUGAACUCACUAGGUUUGGAGAAUUACUCGCAAGCCAUGUUAAGGUACUUGUACAAAUUUAGGGAAUGUAAUAAUAAUAAUAAUAAUAGUAGUAGUAGUAAUAAUAAUAAUAAUAAUUAAGGUCUCCACAGCUCAAGAUCAAUCAGAGACCAAUCUUUUCGAUUCUUGAUUUGAUGAGAAUUGAGGCCUGUUAAUAAUUUAUUGAAUCUUGUUGUUUUGUUCAGAAACAAAAAAAAAAAAAAAAACCAUC